CCCUCGUCACCGCGCCGCCAUGCCGGGCCGCCUGCUGCGGGCGCUGUGGCAGCGAUGGCACCGAUACAAGUACCGCUUUGUCCCCUGGAUCGCACUGAACCUCAGCCACAACCCGAGGACCCUUCGACAUGUUCCAGAGGAAUCCAAAGACAAAGUUAUCUCAGAUGAAGAUGUCCUAGAAACGUUACUGAAAGUAUUCCAGGCUCUGUUCUUAAAUGAGUUCAGUAAACAAUCAGCUAUUUUGACUAUGCUUCCAGAAUCUGUUAAGUCAAAAUAUCAAGACCUACUGCCAAUGCAGCAUCCAAGGGACAAUCUGCUUGAAACAAAACAUGAACAGCAAAAUAUUUUUAAACCAGAAGAAAUUCUUUAUAAGACAUUGGGUUUCAGUAUUACCCGAGCAACUAGUUCAUUGAUUUCUGCAGGAAGAGGUGUCUUCAUUACUAAAGGAUUGGUACCAAAAGGCGCGGUUGUAUCUAUGUAUCCUGGUACAGUAUAUCAGAAGUAUGAGCCAGUCUUUUUCCAGUCCAUUGGAAAUCCAUUUAUUUUUAGAUGCGUGGAUGGGGUACUCAUUGAUGGAAAUGAUAAAGGAAUAUCAAAAGUUGUAUACAGAUCUUGUAGUGGGAGAGAUCGACUUGGCCCUUUAAAAAUGAGUGAUAGUACAUGGCUAACAUCAGAGCUUCAUAAUCCACUGGCUGUGGGACAGUAUGUCAACAAUUGUUCUAACUACAGAGUAGCUAAUGUCUGCUACCAGGAAUUCGAUAUGCCUGCAAUUUUCCCUAUAGAACUGAAGCAAUAUAUUCCAAACAUUGCCUACAACUAUAAUGAACAAAGGCCACUUCGAUGUGUUGUUCUUGUUGCACUUAGAGACAUCAACCAAGGAGAAGAGCUUUUUUCAAACUACUAUACAAUUAUCAGCUGACUUCUUGAAUUGUAAACUAGAUUUUUCUGCCUUGCUUUUAAUUCUGUUUUUUGUUAAUCACUUAAGUGUCACCUGCCAAACAAAUAUUUUGAGACCUAAUUGGAACAGGGACUUUAAUUUUUGAAUUGUAUUAAAUUUAUGUUCUAAUUUCAAUGUAAAA